UCUCUUUCAUGUGUGUAUCCAUUAGGAGGAGGCUUGCUUAUCACAGUCACUUGGUAACCAGGCUAAUGGAACAACCAACCACCUUGAAGACUGAAGGAAAAGAAAGUUCUGUAGGAUCUUGUGCUGGCAAUUAAAUCCUCCGGCCCAGGAAGGACCCAUGUUACUCUGGCUCACAGUUCUACAACCAGAACUAGUCACAUAUUCCCAACCAACCACUAGAGGGCCAAGAAGUAUAGUGCAAUCCUACCACGUUCCCAGAAGGCAGAAAGUCCAGCGUGUUUUCUAGAGAGCAUUAUUGUUUGUCCAUCUGGCUUUCUGAGGUCUAGGUCCACUUGCAUAAGGAGACUAGGUAUCUUUCCUCAUCCCAGAGUCUGCAGUGCAAUUAAUUAAUAAUAAGCCCUGAAAAUAGAUGAAAAUGGAGGUGACGCUGAAGGCCAGUCUUCUCAUUUUUAAUUACAAGUCUCUUACUAAUUAUGGAAAACGAAGUGAUAAAGUGACCACAUUAUACUCAACUAACACGUUAAAGUCCUUUGAUUCCCCUUAUGUCAGCAGCAUGCCUGGUAAGGCCCUGGGGACACCCUUGAAGUGUGCCAUGUACACAUCAAGGUAAGUGCUUAAGUGCUGUGCUUUUGGGGAACACUAAUGGUGGCCCCAACUCUGAAGUCAUCUCUGACUCAAUAUCAAACAUAUUUUGAUUUUUAAAAACACAUUUGAACUAAUAGUAGCCUUAAAGGCUUACUUUCUGGGUAAAAUUAAGUUUGAAAUCAUCCAAAUAUUAUCAUCUUCAUAGCUGCAGGAAGGCAGCUGAACUUUGUAGGGCUAACAAUGCUGUCUGUGUGCACAGGUUUUAAUAAGCUAGAAUAAGGCAAGGGGUGAGCCCCACGAGCGAGCAACAACUCAGUGACACACAAGGCCCUCCAAAUGCAGAGCCAAAGGGUGUGGUUGUACCAUGUUGAAAAUCAAGGGAAAAGAUUCAAUCUUUCAGAACCCUCUCCCUGCUUCAGUCCAUGAACCUCUCUUGGCGUGUACUCUCUGUGCCUGUGGGAGUCAUUUCAAUAUGAUGAAUCAAUAAUCAAGACGCUGCAUCAUCAUCAUCACAAUCAUACAUAACUUCUACUAUGAACAAGACCCUCAAAAUAGACUAUCUCGUCUAAUCCCCAUCACGACUCUCUGAGGCAGGUAUUAUUAUGUCUAUUUUAAAUUGAGGAAACUGAAGUUGAAAAGUUAUAUAAUUUUUCCAAGAUUACUCUGAUAAUAACUGACGAACACAAUAUUUGAACCCAAGACUUGUGACUCCAAAGGCCAUGCUCCUUCCAUAUAUCCACCUUGUAUUUUCUAAGUGCCAGAGCAAUCAUCUGCACUUAAAAAGGCUUUACAAAUUGAAUGCACUAAUGUGGGUGAUGUGUGAGUCUUAAAAAAUAAUAAUAAUUUUCUCUAAAGGUGAAAUGGAUCAAAAACCCUUAAAAGUGAGUCUUUGAUGUAGCAGCUGUUAACAUGAUUGUCUUAUUUUAUUCUCACCCCUUGGAAGAGUGAAACUGAUGAACAAUGAGGAUGCUGUUGUAACUCCCUAUCUCUAUUUGCAGUCUGCAGGCAGAAUACUGAGUCUAAAGUGCACACGGACAGACAGCGUUUCUCUUAGCAUUUCGCUGUUGCAAUUAAUCAGCAAGUUAAAGUAUAAACAACAGCUAAUUCUACAUGACAUCCCUUAUCUCUUAGACCGGGUUCAUGUGGUGUGCUGGGGACUCCCAGGACAGUCCUGGCUCACGCUGAUGCCUUUUGAUUUCUGCUUGCUCCAGAGUCCUAACUGUGUGACAGGGCCAUCGGCACCAGGAGUUACAAGUACAUAAAACUCUGCCUCAAUAAAGCUGACUUUAGAGCUGGAAAUGCUGGGAAGUGCUUCUAUGGAGCUCGAAUGUGCCUCUUCAGUUCCACCGCUGCCCGAGGACAUGGCCCGGAGAGUGGCAAUCGUGGGGGCUGGCGUCAGCGGCCUGGCGUCCGUCAAGUGCUGUCUGGAGGAGGGACUGGAGCCCACCUGCUUCGAGAGGAGCCACGACCUCGGGGGGCUGUGGAGGUUCACCGAACAUGUUGAAGAAGGCAGAGCCAGUCUCUACAAGUCUGUGGUUUCCAACAGCUCCAAGGAGAUGUCCUGUUACUCAGACUUUCCAUUCCCAGAAGAUUAUCCAAACUAUGUGCCAAAUUCUCAAUUUCUUGAAUAUCUCAAAAUGUAUGCAAACCGGUUCAACCUUCUGAAAUGCAUUCAAUUCAAGACCAAAGUCUGCAGCAUAACAAAAUGCCCAGAUUUUCCUGUCUCUGGCCAAUGGGAGGUGGUCACUCUGUGCGAAGGGAAGCACGAAUCAGCCAUCUUCGACGCUGUCAUGGUCUGCACUGGUUUUCUUACCAACCCUUAUUUGCCGCUGGAUUCCUUUCCAGGUAUAAAUGCCUUUAAAGGACAGUACUUUCAUAGCCGGCAAUAUAAGCAUCCAGAUAUAUUUAAGGACAAGAGAGUCCUUGUGGUUGGAAUGGGAAACUCCGGCACAGACAUUGCAGUGGAGGCCAGCCACCUGGCAAAAAAGGUGUUCCUCAGCACCACCGGAGGGGCCUGGGUGGUCAGCAGAGUCUUUGACUCAGGGUACCCGUGGGACAUGGUGGUCACGACACGAUUUCAGAACCUGCUCAGGAAUUCCCUCCCAACUCCAGUUGUGACUUGGCUGAUGGCAAGAAAGAUGGACAGCAGGUUCAGUCACGCAAAUUACGGCUUAAUACCAAAAGACAGGACUCAGCUGAAGGAGUUUGUGCUAAACGAUGAGCUCCCAGGCCGCAUAAUCACUGGGAAAGUGCUCAUCCGGCCAAGCAUAAAGGAAGUAAAGGAAAACUCCGUCAUUUUUAACAACACCCCAAAGGAAGAGCCCAUUGAUAUCAUUGUCUUCGCCACUGGAUACACCUUCGCUUUCCCCUUCCUUGAUGAGUCUGUAGUGAAAGUUGAGGAUGGCCAGGCAUCACUGUACAAGUAUAUCUUCCCUGCACAUCUGCAAAAGCCAACCCUGGCUGUUAUUGGCCUCAUCAAACCCUUGGGCUCCAUGAUACCCACAGGAGAAACGCAAGCUCGGUGGGCUGUUCGAGUCCUGAAAGGUGUGAAUAAGUUGCCACCACCAAGUGUCAUGAUAGAGGAAGUUAAUGCAAGGAAAGAAAACAAGCCCAGUUGGUUUGGCUUGUGCUACUGCAAAGCUUUGCAAACCGAUUAUAUCCCCUACAUAGAUGAACUCCUGACCUAUAUCAAUGCAAAACCCAACCUGUUCUCUCUGCUCCUGACGGAUCCACGCCUUGCUCUGACUGUCUUCUUCGGGCCCUGCUCACCGUACCAGUUCCGCUUGACUGGUCCAGGAAAAUGGGAAGGAGCCAGAAAUGCCAUCAUGACCCAGUGGGACCGAACACUGAAGGUCACCAAAUCUCGAAUUGUACAAGAAUCCCCAUCUCCCUUUGAGAGUUUACUUAAACUCUUUAGCUUUCUGGCUUUGCUUAUAGCUGUUUUCCUGAUUUUUCUAUAGGAAAAAGAUUUCCUAAAUGGCAGAUGCACAGAGUAAAUUUACAAUGCUCUGAUUCCUCUGUUACAGCAAGAAGGCCUUCACAGUUAUAAACCACAUCUGAGUAGUGAGGGCCGCCCUCUCCCUUCCCUGGCUGCCUCUACGGCUACCCACCACUGUACCCUAAGCCUCUCCCAGCUCCACUUACGUCUAAUGCUAGGGGAUGACAACUCAGAUUUCUGUGCAUUUGAAGGCCGUUGGAAGGUUCCAGGUCCAUUUUAAGAAGAAAGCUGUUCUUGACGGCACUCUGAGCAGUCAUAAUUAUUUUCCAUAUAAACUAUUUUCAUAGAUCUCAACUAAAACCCUCCACUUUAUAAAAGAUUGGGUUGUACUAGAAUGGUGCUUUUAUAGUAUUGACUGAUUAAAAAAGAAAGAGAAAAAAAAAGAAACCUAGAAAUUGAUUGUUU